AUGGUGGCUAUAUGGGACAAUGGCGACGUCAAAGAGGCAGACACCGGAGUCCUUUCUGCUGGCUCGUUUGCGCCCAAGGUGGAACCAGAGCAGGAAUUGCAGACCAAGGGAGAGGACAAGAGCCACGGCGAGCGCCACGGGCACCGCCAGCGAUCACAGCGCCACCGGCAACACGAGCCCGAGAACCAGCAGAAGCAGCAGGAACAGCUGCAGGGACAGCCGCCGGACGAUUUCAAAGGCGCACCGACGCCCUUGCCGGCCGAGAACUCGUCGGGUCUACCUACUGGCCCAUGGGUGCCCUUGCCAGCCGGCUCCUCCACCAUGGACAUGGGUCGCUUGCAGGUAUUGGGCACAGCACACACCGUUAUGACGAGCCGCGCAUCAGGCCUGGCGCUGCUCUCUGCCAUCACGGUAGUGAUGACGGCGCUAAUUGGGGCCGCGUUCCUGGCCUCUGUUACCGCGAUCGGGUCAUCAGCGCGGCGCUGCACGAGCGCCACCUGCGACCGCCACCGCGCCCUACUCGCCGAGUGCAUCAACGCGUCGGUGCAUCCGUGCCGAGACUUCUACGGACACGUCUGUUCGCGGUGGGACGCCGCGAAGGACGGCCCACUCGCCGCCACCAUCCACCAACAGUUCAUGACCAAGGUGGCAACGAGAGCACUCCAUCUGAGCGUGCCACCGGAAGGGCAGACAAUCGUGGAAAAAGCCGCCGGACUGUACCAGUCUUGUGCACGCGUCUACCUUUAUAACGUCAGCCACGCGACAGAGGCGCGAGAUCUGCUGGUCACCUUCGGGGUCCACUGGCCCCAGUUCAGCAACGCAUCGCGCCUUCUACCCAUAUUCCUCUCGAUGUCGGCCGGCUGGAGUUGGGCCAGUGUGCUGGAGUUCGUAGCGACACGCCGAGGGCACAUCACCGUGCGACCUUCGUUAUUCUAUGCGUCGCUGCUGCGACAGAGGCAACUGAUGCUUGAGGGCGAAGCCGAACAGAAGCCCUACAAACAAUACUACGACGCUAUGGUGGCCACCUUCCAAAAAGACGCUAAUGAGACGCUCUCCUACGAUCAGCUGAUUGAGCUAGAGAAGAAAAUAGUGCCCGACCUGACCGCCACGCUCUCUGUUCCAUACUCUAACCCAGUGGAGAAUAUCACCUUGGCGACCGCCGCCAACUUGUCAUCCGAUGUAGUCCCCGUGAGCGAGUGGGAAAAGCAGCUAGGGGCCGCGUUCAACGCUCCCGAACUCGGCCCGUUUACUUUCACCAUCGAGUACUACGAAUUCUUCGAGCACUUCUUCAAGUUGGUGUCGUCCCAGAACGAGAAUGUCAUGGCUUACUACGUCGGCUGGGCUGUCGCGCAAGCGCUCUCCCUGCUCGCGAGUCGGCAGCUGACCGCGCUGUACUUCCUGGGCGACACGUGGGCAGGCAGAGGCCACAUGCUUUUCUGCGCGGACGUCGCGCACAGAUACGUCGGCGUCGCACUGCUCGUGGAACAUCUCCGACACGAGGUGACAGAGGACGUGCUCACCGACGUCCUGAGCGUGGAGUCAGCAACGCAGGCGAUUUUUCGAGAGCGAUUGGCCGGCUCGACGUGGGCCAGCGUGGUGCCGAAGAACGUGCUCGAGGACGAAUGGCUGGAGCAGUCUCUGGAAAUGGUGAAGGUGAACGAGGCCGAAACGUUAGGUGACAUGGAACAGCACAUUCCGGACAUGGGGGAGAACAUCUUCGAGAACAUACGGCUGGUCACCGAGCACAGGCGGUCGGCCAAGGGUAAUACGAGUGCGCUUCACUUCGUGGACACCGUCAACGCACGCAUCUCCACCUAUGACCAUGGGCGAUUCAUGUUGCUUCCCGUCGCCCUGGAGAUGCCGUUCUACGGCGUCGACACGAUUCCAGCGGCGAAGUACGGCAUCCUCGGAAACGAAGUGGCGUAUGCUUUAUCGUCCGUGAUCUUGGACAACGUGAGAACGUACGACAGCAGGCUCCAGCUGACCUUCACCCGCAAGCUGGUCUGUUUCUUCAACAGGCAGGUGCUCCUCAGUCACAUCGAACCACACCAAAUGCAGCUCAUCAAGGGGGUGAUGUCAGUGCGGACGCUGCUGAAGGCGCUAGUCAAUUCGAGCAGCAACGGGAGACCGACCAGGCUUCACGGUUACGAGGCGUUGACGGACACACAGAUGCUCCUGAUAUUCUGGUGCAUCGUGCACUGCGGCAGCCGCGACGGAAGGCGCUUGUGCAACGGCCCGCUCGCCGUGGUCGAAGAGUUCGCGGAGGCCUUUCACUGCGAGCAUGGUGCAGCGAUGCAGAGUGGUAGGAAUUGCGCGGUAAUUUGA